AGCAGGUUUGAUCGAUCAGCAAGAUGAGCUCUGGCGUGGAAGGCCCAGGUUCGAACCUGCUGCCCCAGUCAGAGCGCUAUAAGAUGAACAAACAGAUAAGACAACAACAGGUUAAUGGCGGCCAUUAAGGAGGGUGCCGACUUGAAUUUUAUCAUAGGCAAUGGAGUGUCUCUACUGCAUAAGGCCUGUGUAGAAGGUUCCCCUCAGAUGGUAGAGUUGUUGCUAAAGGGCGGGGCCAACGUGAACUGUCAAGACGAUGAUUGGUGGACUCCACUGCACGCCGCUUGUUACCAAGACAACGUGGAAACUGUGCAGCUAUUGCUUCAGCUACUCGCCUCAAACGCCCAUGUCAAAGGCCGAUAGACUAUCUGAAGCGAGGAGGUUGCAGGACACCCACACAUCGCCCACUGAGGAGGAAGACGAGGCAGGACAAGAGACAGAGGAUAAAAAUAAAAAUAAAAUGGAAGAUGGAGAGAGCGGAGCAGCAAGGGAUGAAGAAGAUGAAGACAUCUAUUAUUCCUGCAUUUGGGCGGCAGCAGAAAGCUCUGAAAUGGUCCAGCUGCCGGAGAGAGUUACCAACGACGACUUGACAGAGCUUGCAGUCAUGGACGAGAUGGCCAUUUUGAAUGCAGUGAUAGACAGAUACACAGACAAAAGGAUCUAU